GCCGUCACGCAACUCGACCUGCAGGUGAACAGUUCAUUAUGCAGCGUUUCCCUUCUGGCAGCACACACACAAACACACACACACACACGCCCAGACUGCUUUUAGGCUGCACAAUGGUGCGCUUUCCAGCGAUAAAGAGCCCACAAUGCGCUGCGUACUAUCAGGCGAGUGUGCAUGCAGACGCGACCGUGGAGGAGUGGAUGAUCGGAGUUGAACAGGCGGCAGCUUCGUGGGCGUGAAGCUCUUCAAGGCAUCCUCAUGGUAAACCUGACAUGUGUAAGCCAGGUGAGACAGUAACCUGAGAGUCCAUCCUGAGGGAAAACCAGGAUGUGUCCCAUCGCGUCACAACUGAGAGGCGUCCCUUACAAGCCUACAGCUGUCGUCUUGCUCCUCUCCCUGUGUCUCGGCUUCCCUCCUCAGGCGCUGCCUUGCCCGACGAGCUGCCUUUGCGCGAGCGAUCUUGUUUCCUGCAGCGGGUGCAAUCUGUCAGCGCCGCCCUCCGACCUCCCCGGCUAUGCCACGCGCUUAGACCUGAGCCACAAUUCCCUCGCUGUGCUGCCCGCUGAUUGGAUAACCCGGACGUUUGACCGGCUGGCCACGCUGGUCCUCAGCCGUAAUCAUAUCGAGCAAAUUGAGGCGAACGCCUUUGCCGCCACGCCGCAUCUCCUCCACUUAGACCUCUCAUCUAACAAGCUAUCAGUGCUCAACGCUUCCAUUUUUACUGGUCUCAAGGAGCUGAGGGAGCUGCUGCUGUUUGGCAACCAAAUUGUCCACAUCCUUCCCAACUCCUUUAGCGGCCUCCAAAGCCUGGUGAAGCUCUACCUUUCUGGCAACAAGCUGACGUCACUCCCUUUAGGUCUUCUGGAUGGCGCGGGGCCUCUCAACUUGACCUUCCUUGACGUGUCCUCCAAUAGGCUCUCAAGUGUAGAAGUUCACGCACUGCUCGCUCUAAGCCAACAUGGUGGAAUUUAUUUGCAAGGGAACCCUCUUGUGUGCGACUGUGCUUUGCUGGCUUUGUUGGAGUACUGGACGUGGACGCAGUAUCGCCCCCUGUUGGACUUUCAAGAUGAAUACCCAUGUAGGGGCUCAACACUCAAUUGCAGCCUGCAUGAGGUGUCAGCUGAAGGUGGAAGCUACCAAGUAGAUCCAGGUAAAUGGCUGUUGUUGACAUGUCCUGGCUUUGCACCCCUUCCUAUGAAGGAUGCAGCCGUCUUCUGGGUGACCCCUACAACUGUGCUCAAUUCAUCAACGCACAAUCCAAGCGCUCACCUCGCCGUCCUCCCCAACGGCAACCUUGAGAUACGAGGAGCUUUAUUGGAGGAUUCUGGCUCGUACACAUGCGUAGCGGCACGUGGGCGUCCUCACGACCCCGCCGAGUCUCCAGAGGUCACCGUGAUCGUGGGAAACACAAGCGCCGUCGCUUCCAGCGGCCUGGCCCAUCGGAGCGGGACAGAACACUUCAACACGGCUUUCACCACCCUGGCUUCCUGUGUGGUCAGCAUCAUACUGGUGCUGCUCUACCUGUACCUAACGCCGUGUCGAUGCACGGGGAACAGGGGCGGGGCAUCGAGAGGUUGCGGCGGGCGAGCUUUGAUGCUCUGCUCAGACCCCAGGGAAGUUGAGGCAGGACAGAGGAGGUCCAACGGGAAAAGGGUGGCGUUCUUGGAGCCGCAAGUAGAGGACAGCGAUACGGGUGUUGCAAAAUCACCAGUAAUGAGUCCUGUCACCACUGAGGGCAUUCUUAAAAAUGGAAGCAGGACAGUGGGACAGACCCUCACAGACACAACCCUUGUGGUACAAACCUGAAUAAAAGGUCAUGGAUUGCUAAAAAUGUAGUCCACAUUUCACUAAUACCGGAUAACAUAGGAAGAGAUCACAAAGAUGAUUGAAACGUGGGCGGUGGAGCAUUCACACUCGAUAAGGCGUAAAAUUGGUAAAGUCUGUCUGACUAUUGUUAGGUAUGCUGUGAAAACACCACCGUACUGUAUGUGUGAAAUCAACCAAAACCUUGAUGUUUUCCUGAUCAAAAUGUUUCCGCUACACUGACAACGGAGCAACUGAAGGUGACUGUGGCUGUUUAAUGCAAAUGUAGCUCUAUAGUUCAUCCAUGCACAUUUAUAGCUUUAUAAUAGCGUACUUGUCUCGUGAGAUGUGUUAGCACCAAAAUGAUGGAGGUGAGUGGAAGAAAACAGACUUUAAAAAGGUCAAAGUGCACACUUUACCAUGAUUCAGCUCAUUAUAAUACCCUUAGGAACACGACAGUUGCUGUAUGUCUCGGAAUAACGUCACCAUUAUGGGAAGCAGGGACGCCCAAAGUGCGCCCACAAAAACUAAGCAGCAAAAAUGGGAAAUAUAAAGCAAAAAUAACACAAAUAUUGUCUUUGAAUAUAUAUGCAGUAAUCCCUCGUUUAUUGUGGUUAAUUGGUUCCAGACCUGACCGUGAAGUGCCGCAAAGUAGGAUUCCUUCUUGAUAAAUAGAAUAUUUUCAAAGUUGGAGCAUAGAAAACCUGUUUACGACCUUCUAAAUACUUUUUUUUAGCAUUAUUAGAGCCUUCUAGACAUGAAAUAACACUGCUGUAGUCACUUUUACACUCAAAUAAUAGAAUAUAGUAGACAUAAAAAUAGAUAAUAGGACAUCUUACACAUAAAUAAGGCAUAACAUAGACUCAUGUUUCUUGUAGCAUUGCUGCGUACUUCCUGUGGUGGCUGUUGCCGCAUCAGUGGUACUGACACCUAGUGACCAGUGUAGAAUACUACUUUAAUGCCGUUGUUUGUGGUUAAGGAGAGACUCACCAUGCACUUCAGUCACUUUUUUAACAAGCAGCGAACACAUGCAGUGAACAUUCACUCAGGAGCUGCUGUCGGUCACAACUCGGGCCAAUCACUCGCACUCUCCACGCUGCUAACACUGAAAUGAACACAAUCAUCUCUAGCUAGCUGACUCCCGAUGUACUUCAGCCGUUUGUUUUAAAAGGCAGAGAACACAUGCAGUGAACAUUCACACAGGAGCUGCUGUCGGCCACAACUCGCGCCAAACACUCGCACUCUCCACGCUGAAACACUGGCGUCAUGCACGCACACAACAAGUCACAGAUAUUACACUACCUGUACAUACCAUGUCCACAUCCGUUGAAUUUUCAGUAUGCUUCCCUUGGUGGACAAAGUUUGUCAACUGAUUAUCAAACUGUGGUUCAAGAACCAUAACCAAUUUCUGUCACUUUAAAAAAUAUAUAUAUUAAAGACGUAUACAUGUGAAAUAAUUGUGGAAAUGUAUUAACCACCUCAUACACCACAAGUCAGUUACGUACCUGCAAGUACAAACCACAUAUUCUAAACUUGCCAGGCAAAAGUAUUUUUGAGGUGGUAUUGCAUGUGGAAAGGUUUGACAAGAUUUUCCCUUAAAAUCUCCUAAAAAUCUGUCAUUAGGGUCCUCUAAGUGACAUACUGUAUGAGGGAGGCCACCGCAGGAUGGGCAUAAAAAUCGAUUAACCGAUUGAGGCAAAAUGGAGUGCACGACAGCUGCAACCAGCAGACAUGCAGUUUCCGUAAGCCUCAGUUUUCGUAUGAUUCAGCUUUUGUCAGAAAUGUUCGCAAAAAUGUUGCCACUGUCUCGAUCUUCGUACGGUACUGCAUAUAACACACUUGUCCUUUUGCCCUGUACUGUGCUGUUCCGUGAAAUCGAGUGCCCAAUCAAAGUACCCUACACGUUGCUGACUCAUUGUCCAUGCAUUUUUUUUAUUGAGUGUGACUAACAAUAACUCUCCAUGGGGCCAAAGAAAGUUGCAAGUGCCAGCAACUCGAUAAAAAAGGUGAGAAACACUAUUGAAUUCAAUCUCGUCAGGAUGUACGGGAAGUGCGCAUCAACAAUGAGGAUUUAUUUUGCAUUGUUUUCUGCAUGUAAAACUACAACUAUACUAUAACAAUUUUCUUUAAAAUUAAUUUUUUGUUAUAAUUUUACGGAAUAAUUGGUUUUACAUUAUUUUUUGGGGGAACUGCCUUAGUUUUCAUAUGUUUUGGUUUUUGUCCAAUCUUUUGGAAGAAAUUACCAUGGAAUUUUGGUCAGCGUACAAAGGUCCAACUUUAACCAAAACGGAUGUUAACCGAAUAAAAUUUUCAUAUAAUAAAUAAUGUAAACCCAAUUCAUCCGUUCCAGAAAGACAAUUUUGUUUAACUAGCUAAUAGGAUGCUGACAAGGAAGGACAUUUUGUGAUAAAAAAAUACACUAAGAACACCGUCGGACUCAUGCAGUGUGUUAACAACACGACAAGAUGCGCGUCUUAUUGUAUGCUAAUCAGGCAAGCAAACCGAGGCAAAAUUGUGGUGUAAAUUUUCGACGCUAACUGAGGAUCCACCGUACGUCAAACCUUUUGGACGAAAUUAAUAACGAAAACCGAGGUUCCACUGUAAGGGGAACUUUACAUGAGCGAAAUGUGUGACGCAGCCUUGUACCCAAUGGAGUGUCCGGGGAGUGUAAUACACAUAAAAAUGGUAAGCUGUAUCAUAUCAUAUGCGUUUUGCUUUGAAUGAUGACUAAUAAUUUAACAUAUUUCAAAAGUGUCAACCCAGUCGCUUGCUUUAUUUAGAAUAUGAUAUAACAAAAAACUGUCGACUUUGAUCACGCUCCUUUUUACAGAUAAAAGUAGCGUCACAAGCAAAGCAAUUCUCAAAAGAAGCGGCCUGCGAACGCCUCGCAAAGCAAGAGGCUGCGGAGUGAAGUGUCAUUCAGUCAGUGUCACAGAAUUAGAAAAGCGCUGACCCACAUACUCCCUUUGUCUGUUAUUUUUAGACGUGCGGUGUCAUUUCCAAGGUGCCCAGAAGCGUGAUGUUGUUUUCCUUGCUUCUACAUGUGUCUCGUCCACACUGCAUUGUUUUCAAAUAAAAUGUCUGCUUGGACAGGUUGAAGGCAUGACAUGUUUUUUUUUUGUCAAAAUGAAAAGUAGUGUUACAUCAGAAGGAUUUAAAGCAUGGCAAAUAACCUCUUAGUGAGUCAGCAAAUCACAAUUUCCCCCAAAAUCCUCUUACGGCCUUUUCAUUUGUGAGUAAAAAAGUGAAACCUUAAACCUUUUUUGCACGCUUUUUUUUUUUUACCCCCCCAAACCACUUCAGAUGAUUGUACAAUUGUUUCGGUGGCAGGGAGGACAAAUAAGGAGCCUUUUUUCCGGUGGCGGAGAAAUUGGCUGGUGCUGAUGGAUCCCAUCGGGACCAAUCUGAGCACCUUAGCACUUCUAGGGACGAGGUGUUAUUCUCACGCUAACAUGAUGACUUUUAAUGAAGCAAUGCAGGUAGCCUCUCAUUACACGGGACAUCAUUAAAAAAAAAAAACCCUCUGGUUCAACUCCAACAUUACUGCAAAAGUAAAUCCUUCAUUCAUGUUAGCAUAGUACUAUUUAGUCGUUAUUUAAGUCUAUUUUGCAGAAUAUGCUCCAAUAAAUGCACAUACUUUGCAGCAUUUUUGUACUGGAUUGUCAUUUUUCAUUAUUUAAGCUCAAAAGGUGUUUUUUUAUGUGUACUGUAUAUAUGGCAUAAAGAAGUGGUAAAAUACUGUAAGAAAUGUAUAGGAGGGAUUGGUAUAGCUUUUAAAACAAUGAUAUAUUCUUUAGCACAACCUCCUAAAGGAGCCCGAUCCUGCAUUUACAGUUUGUCAGACUUAUGUUUUAAAAUGCUGUACUCUUGUUCUGCCUGAUGUGGAAGCGCCAUCUCAUGAGGUUGGUGUGCUUUUAAAAGAGCCCUGCUUUCAUUUUUAGGCCGCGACUAAAUCUUGUGAGAUUUCCACAAGAUCCUUUGAAUUUCACACGUCACACCUUCAGGAUGUCCAUGUAUAACAGGGGUGUCCAAAGUGCAGCCCGGGGGCCAUUUGCAGCCCGCAGCUGUUUUUUAUUGGCCCACGGCAAAAAAAACAACAAAAAAACAGCAAACAUUUAAAAAUCGAAAAAGUCGUAAUUUUACAAGAAAAAAAAAUCCCAUUUUAGUCGCAUAAAAUGUUAUUAUUAAUGUAAUUAUUAAAGAAAAAAUAAAUUUUUAAAAGUCAUAAUGUUAUAAGAAACAAACAAUUGAAAAUGAGGUUGCGGAAAAAGUUAUAAUGUCACGAGAAUAAAGUCAAAAUAUUAUUGGAAUAAUGUCUUAACUACAGAAGAAAAAGACAAGAAGAAAGUUGAAAUAAUUGGAAAAUUGAAAAAAAAAAACAGCAUAAGUGGAAAAAACGUCUGUAAUUUUAUUAGAAUAAAGUCAAAAUAUUACGAGAAAGAAGUUGUCUUCUAAAGGAAGAAUAGUCACAAUUUUACGAAAAUAAACUUGUAAUAUGAGGAAAAAAUAAUAUCAUUUUAGUAGCAUAGAGAUGAAAUAUUAACGAAAAAGUAUGUUACUUUUUAAAAGUCGGAAUAUGAGAAAUGGAGAAAAGUAACGUAAUGUAAUUUUUGGAAAAUUAGGUUGGGGAAAAAGUUGAUAUUAUGGGAAUAAAGUCAUAAUAUUACGAAAGACAAUUUAUGAAGAUUAUUUAAGAAGAAAGUUGAAAUAAAUUUUAAAAAUCAACAGAAAUAAUGGAAAAAAAGAGCAAACAUCAAAGUUCAUACUAAUAAUACACUUUCUGAGAUACAGUUUUUUUCUUUUCUUGAUAUAACUUCUUAACAUAUCUCCAUGUGUUGCUUCACAAAAUAUCAAAGUGGCCCCUGCAUCCUGUCAUUUUUCAAUAUGUGGCCCUCGGUGGAAAAGGUUUGGACACCCCUGAUGUAUAUCAGCUGAUCAAGUAUCCAGCAUACCGUUUGUCACUUUUUCUUGAAAAUGGCAGCCAUAAAGUGUUUUUCCGGAUGUAAGAAUUGUGCAGAAUUGAGCAAUGAAAAUAUAUUUUUGUUUCCGGGGGAGCUAAAGACCUGGCGCACAGUUACAGUUCACAGCUGUUAGUAAACAAAGCACAGUUCGCCACCGAAUUAUCCAAUAUUCAUCUAAUUACAGUAUAUCCAAUACCAGUUCUUCUUUACUGUUUGCUAAUAACCAUCAGUUGCAAUGAGCCGACUGCACUUUUUUAUGAAGUUGAGCCAAAUUUUUUUUUGCGGUUUCUUCAUCGCCGGUGCUCGCAAGCUUCUUCUUCGUCAGUGUUUGCGGCUAUUUCUUCGGCGAAGUGGGCAUGGAAUCUAGGAAUCGAAAUAAGAAUCGGAAUGUUAGUCCCGGUGCUCGAUGCCCAACCCUAAUUAUAAUGUUGGUUAGCAUAUCAAAGCAUAUCAUAGCAAUCGCAAAUCAUGCAAAUAUGGUUCUUUGAGACUACAUGAGCUCAUAAUUGUGUCCAGGAAAAGGGGAUUUGGAAAAGGACAUGCAGAAGAAUAUGUUAGCGUCAAUAAUUUCAGCAUUUCACAUUUUGUAUGACAUUGAAUGGAGUUAAAAGAAGUAUUAAAAGCUGUGGGCCUUUUUACCAGCAGACUGACAACGCUUUUCCUAAUACAUUAUAUCACAUGAUUAGGAGUUAUGACGGGCGCUAAAACCAAAAAUAUGAUAUUACAUAACCAAAUCUUACUGUGGUUAGACGCACUUAGCUUUAACGACGACUGCCUUGAUCAAUAUCCUCCAUCAGGACAUUUCAUCUUCUCAGUGCCAAGUAUAAAUGUAACUUCCUGACUAUCCAUAAGUGAAACGUUGCAAAAGUUUAAUGAAAGCGUGGCUCAUAUUGCUAAAAUAGCAACAUUAAUGGGAGCCCGUUCAAUAUAAUGGCACCAUUUGGCAAAUGGUUCUCGCUGUUUAAUUAACGCGGUUUCCAAGCUCCAUUCACCUUGUUCUGACUGUUCCCUCCAGAGCUGUGUAAUCCAAAAAGAGGUCAUUUACAUGCCUGCAUUUUUUUUUAACAAUGCUGCUGCUGAGCAUGCCCCCGGUCGACCCACUGCUUGUUAGGAAAAGUACAAUUUCUGCAAUCCUUCUGGUGUGAGUUUCCAUUCUAUUGGAGCUGGAGGCCCUGGACUGGCUCACGUGCAAGACUAAUGAAUGAAAGCUUGUCAAAGUUGCAUCAAAAAUUAAUGCAGUGUGAUGGACACCACUGUUCACAACACAGGCUUGUGUGUUCUGGUAUUUGGAGCAUGCACACGCAACCCACCCCCUCCAGUGGAAUUUGAAACAUUAAGACAGUUUGCACAUGUGCAUCACCCUACCUGCUUCAGUCCUCAGGAGAGGUACAUAGGAAAUAUAUGACAAAUCAACACUUUUAGCAUUGCUUAAAGCAAGAGGAGACUCAGUACUAUGCAGUAAACAUAAACAGGUUGGAGGCUUUUUAUAUAAAAUCGUACAAAACUGCCAUGGGUUCUAUCGCUGUUGUAUAAGACACAAUAUUUAAUAACUACUGCAGUGUUUGUUCAUAUUUUAUGCAUAAUCAUAAAGAAAUUUGGGGUAUGGAAAGUGUUGGAAAAAUAUUAGAUUUUGCUAAAUAAAAAAGCAAUAUAAAAUACAAAAUCAAAUAAAUUCAAUGAAACAAAAUACAAUACAGUAAUAUGAAUUCAUUGAAUUUCAACAUUCAAAAUACGGUGCCAUCCAACUAAAAACAAGAAAAAAAACAAUCAAAUUGGCAUGAUUUCAUUCGGAUGUGGCUGUCAGCUGCAAUGACACCUGCACAACCGAACAACGAACGACACUCUCUGUGACGGCGAUAUGUCUUUUCCUGUCGCUCCCUUGGAAACACUGACUGACUGAAGGCACCAAAAAGGAGGAGCAAACUUUGCACUAAGCUGCAAGCAGGACUAUAGGAUAAACACAUUGCUGGUGAAAUCACACUUCAAGGCUGUGAGGCCCUCUCACGGCUUCGUAUUUGAAAUGUAAUAAAUACAAAAUAAUAAUAAUAAUCACAUAAAAACAUGUGAUUAUUACAAAGUCGAUGAUGAUGCCAAGAAGAGACUUUUGAGUCUGAUAUAUUCAUUAGUUAUGAAAGGAGAUGAAGGAUAAGAACUCAUGUCUUUUUUUUGUACUGGAUUGAGACCAAACAAGUCCAUGCUGAGUUUAUGUAAUCAAAUGGAGUCAGAGAGCCAGUGGGGAUAGAAAGUCACAGCAAAAAGUAGGUUACUUAAAAGCAGGGGGCCAAAUGUCACAAAUGGACACGUUCAAUACUCGAUUUUGUUGGUUCUUGAACCCUCCUAGACAUAUACAGUCAUAGUACAUACAGUACAUGACUGACCAAUGGAACCUUUAGCGUCAUUCAUUUGUUCCGGAAGGUCAGACUCUAAACAAAAUAACAGAAUCAAAUUUCCCCAUAAGAAAUACUGUAAAUCCAAUGAAUCCCUUCCAGAAAGCCAAAAAUUUAACACAAAACAUUUUUAUAGUUUUACAGUUAUACAUGUAGUAAAUGUAUAGACUACACCGGUGUAUAAGCCGCACCCACUAAAUUUACAGGAAAAAACAGUUAUGUUCUUAUAUAAGCCUGCAAUGGUGUCCACAUGAUAAAGUGGCAUGUUGUGGCAUUCUGUGAGGACCAGUCAGCUCUUCAUUUGACAGGAGACAAUCGAGAGCUAUGAAUAAACUCACAACAAGCCUGUCAACCCAUUGGAAAUUGCAGGAGGUCAUUUCUUAGUAUAACAGUCUGACUCACGGUUUCAUCUUACAAACAACAUGAAACUCAUCACACAGCAACUAACCCUCAAACGUUACUCCUCAGAAAUAUAGAAACAUGUAUCAAAACGAGUUUUAGACGAAAAAAAAACAACAUUUUAAAGUGUUCCCAUAAUUCAUUUCAUUUGAGAUAACCAUUUCAUUGGAGGAGAGCAUACUGUAGAAAGCAUGGAAAAUGGCACUGCAAUGCUGCCCCUGUCCACCAGCAGGAGCCAGAGCACCCGGAGCCCAAAGUAAAAAGAGGGAAGCUGAUGUCACUGCAGCGCCCCAAUGAAUGUGUUGCUCAGAUGCAAUGCCUGAUGGGAAAACUUUAAAAAGUUUUUUGUUUUUUUUUUAAGUCAUAUUGGGACGUGUAUAUACACCUUAUAUACACCCAAAGGAGAUGUUAUUGCCACACUGCUGCAGGGUUCAAAAUUUAAGAAAAAAAAAGUUAGCGGCUUAUACACCGGAAUUUAUGGUAAAUAUGAAUGACGAAUGAAAGGGAUAAAUGAACCUUUAAGGUGACUUUUACCUUCAGUGAAGAUGUGAUGCUGAAAACAGGAAGGUAGUGGUGGUUGAUCUUGCUGCCACAUCGUGUCUUUGAACAGUCACGUUUUCAGUGAAGGUGAAAGUAACCUGAAGUCCAUUUAUCCCUUCCAUUCGUCAUUUAUAUGCAUUUAGAAUUGUUUUAUGCAAGCACAUUGUUCUAUCGCUACAUCGCGGUUCACUUUUCGUGGAUUUGUUGUUUCGCAGAUUUUUUUAAGUGCAGUUUUGCAUGUUUUGGUUUUCUGUGUGUUCUGCGUCCUUGUGGUGUAUUAGGGCAAUCUAUCGGUGCUCUGUUGUCUGUGUCUGUUAUUGUAUUUACUACUGCUACCAGUAGAGGGUGUUGUAUACUCAUGUUGAAGACGUGUGCAGCGCCACCUCUUCUCAGUAUGUGUUUGUGUGCCUCUACAAGCAUAUUAGGAACCCACAGAAGACAAUAGCCGGCUAAAUACAGAGCUACAAUAGUCCUUAUUGGCUAAGGGAGAAUCCGCCCAUUGUGUUUGGCGUCCUGAUUGACUGUAGACCAUUGUCGUGCCGUUUUCUGCUGUGGUCAAUCGUUGCUAACAAACGAGCUAACUGUGUGAGGUGCUUGCUAACCGCCAAUAAACAAUAGAAGAAGAAGAAGAAGAAACUAACCGGCUAAAUGAAUCAUCUUUUGAAGGAGUAGGACGAGGAGGACAACGACAGCACGAGGGAUAUGUUUUAACGAGGAUACGAAAACGCUACAGUCGAACAGCGGCAGGACGAAGCACGGUCAGAGGAGUGAAUACCCAUGAGUCACUUAAUAAUUUCUUGCGUCCAACCUAGUAGGGUGACCAUUAAAAUUGAAGAAAUUUUAACUUUGAGAGCGUGUUUAAAAGAGAGAAAUGUUAAUGCCCGUCUGAGAAAAGUGUUUAAAGUGUAUCACGCAGUUUAUUAACAACACGCAUAUUGUACGUUAACGGGAGAAUGCGCACAAACAGAGGCAAAAUUGUGGUUUAAAAUUUCAACAUUAACCAAAAAACAUGCUAACCAGGGCGGACGCUAACCGAGGCUAUUAUAUUUCAGACAAAUCCACCACAUGGUAGCAGUUAUUAAACCUUACACAACCUAACUUUAGGGAGUUUAGUCGAAUCGCAUCUAACUGCCCAUAAGUCGUGUGUCUAAUGAUUAUAAAACUUUGAUGAUAUCACAACGCAUAGGGGGUGCCACAAAUUCCAUUUAGAGCAGUGAUUCCCAACCGCUGUGCCGCAGCCUUAUCCAAUUUCACCUACUUGUUUUCUCUAAAUAAUGUAUGUUUGUUCAUCAUUCCAUUUUAAUUUAUACAUUUGAUUUUUUGUAUCAUCCUCUGACCCUCAAAAGGUUCAGUCUACUUUUACCCCCUUAUUCAAUCAUUGUAUAUAUUUCCUGUUUGUUUUUUUUUAACUUUGCUUUUUCUUUUUUUCACUUUCAGCUUUCCUUUGUCAGAGAUCUCCACAGCGAGUCAAUCGUAUGACCGGUUUAGUUUUUACGCCGGCUGCCCUUCCUAACACAACCCUGGCCACAAAUCGAACCCAUGCCCUCUGCCAUAAAAAAGCAUGAAAGGCAUCUAAUUACUUUUCAGCUAUCCAGUUAUUUUGAAUCACCGAACACUCUAUUUCAUCCUUUUCAUUCACCUUAGAACAAACUGGUUAAGUGGUACAUGUGAAACACAGGAAGGGAACAACUAUCAGUCAACGGAGAAGGGGUAGGAUUAAAUAAGCAUUGCUUCUUCCUACUCUUUUUUUUCGUGCAAGUGUAAACGUGAUGUAUUGCUAUGUAAAUUGUUUUGCAUGUUCAAAAUAAACGAAAUUAGUAGUGUUGCCGUAUGCGUCAUGUUUAUGAAUCAGCUUUGCAUUUUGAUGUCACAGCACAAUGUGUCUGCCUUUGGGACACUAAUCAGUUUUUCUUUAAUGGCCUGGAUUCAUUAGCUUCUUCUGUUCUUUGCCUCCCAGAAUAUUG